UAGAAGUGGACAGCCACCAUCUUUUAUUUGUAAAGUUAGAAAUUUUGCGAAGCAAUCGCUAGUUACGAUUCGCUAUAUUUAGAAUAUCGAAGAAAGACUAUUGGAUCGGAGAAACCUGUAAGUUUUUAUGGCAUCGAAAGACGCGUUUAUUUGAUACCUUUUCGAAUGGGAAAAUUACUUCAAAAAGUUUCAAAUGCGUAUAGCGACUUCAUAAAUGAAAAUAAACUACACCUGCUGCAGAUAUUUAACGAGAAAUAUAAAAAUAUGUCCGUGACCUUUGCUCAACGUGGUAGGCCAUCACCAAAUCCUGCCCAAAUACAGAAGGUGCUUGAUGAAAAUAGCCAGCUUAUACAAACGAUACAAGAAUAUCAGAAUAAAGGGAAAGCGCAAGAAUGCGUACAGUAUCAACAGAUAUUACACCGUAACUUAGUAUACUUAGCAUCCAUCGCUGAUGCGAAUCAAAAUUUGCAAACAUUAUUACCACCACCACAAGUAAUACCUAAUGGUCCUCAACAUGGUAUGAUGAAUCCGCAAGGCCUUCCAACUCCUUCUACAGGAUCAGCUGGACCUGUAGGAGAGAUGCCUCCAAACAGUCAGCCAACUAUACCAAUGUCAAGUUUUAAUCAAGGACAGCCAAUGUCACAGGGUGGAUAUCGUGGGCCUGUUAUGCCUGGGCAAGGGCCUGCUAUAAAUAGACCACCUACUGCACCUGGACCACAACAAUUCAGAGGACCUCAAGGUUAUCCUCAACAACCUCCCCAACAAGGUUAUCCUGCUCAAUACGCUAAUCAAAGUCCUGGCUCCAACUAUCCAGGACCACAAGGAUCAGCAUAUACUCCAGGACAACCCAAUCAAUAUGGACCACCAAAUGCUUCUCAACAACAAGGAUACAACGCAUCGGCACAACCGAAUUAUGGUCCUCCAAAUACUGUAAAUAGCUAUGGUCCUCAACCGGGUGGAUAUCCACCACCAGGAGCGACUCAGCCUCCCACCGGAUAUGGUCCGCCUCCACCUAACCAACAAGGCUAUCCGCCUACUAAUCCUUCCCAGCAGAACUUUCCAUCAAGUGGUCAGCAACAACAACCAGGGCAAUAUGGUAGUCCUAGCCCACAACCAAAUUACCAACAGCCUCCAUCCCAGGCUCCGCCUCAAAACGCAUACGGAGGCGGUCAGCCUGGAAGUUAUCCUCCUCCUUCUUCUCAAGCAUAUGCAAAUAACGUUCCACCUCAGAACUAUCCAGCUCCCCCUUCAUCUAGCACUGCUCAGCCUCCGCAACCUGGAUCUCAACAGAAUACUGGCCCCCAGCCUAAUUAUGGUAAUCAGCCAAGUCCUGGUCCUAGUGCAACACAAUACGGACCAGCUUCUACAUCUCCUCCGUUCAGUACUGCCUCUGCCAGUGGAGUCAAUACUUAUGCUCAAAGCAGCCAACCUACGAGUACACCAUCUGCUUCGACUCAAACUUAUCCACCGAGCACUGGUCCGCCACCGACUUCACAAGGUGGAAACUAUGCCCCGUCUGUUCCCAAUCCUUCCGGAUAUCCUGUGCAUCAGACGCCUCAUCCAACAUCGCAUCCACCACACCAACCGCCGCAUCAGUCUCCUCAUCAACCACCACAUGCUCCCCAUCAAUCGCCUCAUCAACCAUCUCAUCCGUCGUCUCAUCAACCUCCCACCCAUCAACCGCCCUCGCAUCAACCUCCUUCGCAUCAGUCGCCACAUCAACCGCAACAGUCUCAACAGCAAUCUCAAACACCACUGCAGUCGCAACAACAACAAUCUCAAAGCCCUACCCCCAGUGGAUUUCAACCACCAUCCGCACCUCCGCAGGGCCCUGCUCCACCUCCAGGUCCACAACCGCAACCUGGAUACGGACCAGCUACUACGCAGACAUAUGUGCCUCCAAUGCCGGGUAGUGGACAGCCACAGGUGUAUAGCCCUCAUCCACCACAAGGUGGACAUUACGGACAUCCGCAAUAUCCUCCUCAGGGUUAUCAACCGCCACAGCCAGGACAGGGAUAUCCUCAAUACCCGCCACGACCACCUGGCGGUGGUCACAUGCCUCCCCCGCCUGGAUCUCAAGGACCUCCUCCACCAAAUCAAUACGGAGGCUACGGAUAUCAACCACCUCCACAAUAGAGUAUAUUAAUGUAAAUUCAUAUAGUAUUCACUCUAAUAUAGAUGGUUUAAUUGCAAGUUUGGAACAAAUGGUAUAUCAAAUUUUAAUUUAAUUCUUAUUAGCGUAUCGUCCAGUGUUAUGUAACGUGGUAAAUAAUAGAGAAUUAUAUAUAAAUAAGGAAAGGUAUUGCUAAAAUGUCGUCAGAUUUAUAAAAAUCGUUUAGAAUUUUUUUUUCCCAAUAAUGCUUGUUCUUCUCGAAUAUGAUACACAGAUUAAUGUUAUCGAAAACACUUUUCUUACUAAAUAAUAAUUUCUAUCAAAUGUAUAUCAUAUACCACGUGGUCCAAAUAAAAUAUUAUAAGAUGUUUUUUCAGAAACCAACGAAGAAACCAUAGAUAAUUUUUCUUUUUUAUUUAAAUGGUUCGAAGGAGCGGGAGGGAAUAAUCGAAUGAAAAAUGUAAUUCUUCCAAGCACAAAAGUUUCUAAAUAGAAUCGAAAUAGCUUAGAAUACUUGCCCUUAAACGUAUUCGUCGAAUCGAUUUUAAUUUGUUGUCAUAAUCAUCUCAAAAGGAUUUGUUCCCCUGGACCAUUCAAUUAAAAAAAUGAAGUUGAUAUCUUCAUUGGUUUAACCACAUGGUAUACGUAUUUUAAUCGGUUUAAAGACUUCAAAGUUCAAUCUUUGAAAAUUUUAUUUUAUUAAAUGUAACGACAUUCUAAAGCAAUUUCUGUGUUUUUAAUAACAUUUUAGAACUAUUCGAUUAGAUUAUCGAAGUUUCAGUUUCGUAUAUCUAGUAUAUUUGUAUUCCAUAUUCGUAUACGUAUACAGUCAUUUUUAUGUAAUCAUACUUCGUACGUUAAGGAAACUGAAUCUUUAUUAUUUAAAUUUGACAGACACUGGUUUAUAAAGCACUUAACAACGUGCAUUAACUGCUUGGAUAUUGGUUGUAUAUAAUUCAGCAUAAAUGUAUUUAUCAUACUGAGAUAGAAUGUAUGAAACAAGGUACAUAAUGUAC